CUCCCUCUUCCUCUCUCUCCCUCUCUCUCCGUGCGCAGCAGUUGCGCUGGACGCAACAUCAAAGCUUACGUCCACGUAACGUGCACCUCUCAUUCACCCCUUUGCUUUCUUCUCUCUCUCCAAAUCUUUCCCUCCGCCAUGGCCUUCAAGCCUGCUGCCACUGGCGCGUCGGCGUCUAAUAGCUCAGCGUCAAAGUCUGCGAGGCAGCUCAAUGAAUACCAACUCGGAGACUCGCUCGGGAAGGGCGCGUUUGGUCAAGUCUAUCGCGCAUUGAAUUGGGCUACAGGCGAGACGGUCGCUGUCAAGGAAAUUCAGCUUGCCAAUAUUCCCAAGGGAGAGCUGGGAGAAAUUAUGUCUGAAAUCGAUCUGCUCAAGAAUCUCAAUCAUGCCAAUAUUGUAAAAUACAAAGGUUUCGUCAAAACACGAGAAUUUCUGUACAUCAUCCUCGAAUUUUGUGAGAACGGGUCAUUGCAUAACAUAUGCAAGAAAUUUGGGAAAUUUCCGGAGAAUCUGGUCGCUGUAUAUAUUUCUCAAGUGCUCGAGGGAUUAGUCUACCUGCACGACCAGGGCGUGAUCCAUCGUGAUAUCAAAGGUGCUAAUAUCCUUACGAACAAAGACGGAUGUGUCAAACUUGCCGACUUUGGUGUUGCCAGUAAUGCAGCUGGCGCGACCGCGAACAACGAUGUGGUGGUGGGAAGCCCAUAUUGGAUGGCACCCGAAGUCAUUGAGCAGUCUGGGGCAACGACAGCAUCUGACAUUUGGAGUGUCGGCUGCCUUGUAAUUGAAUUGCUUGAGGGAAAGCCUCCGUAUCACUUCCUUGAUCCCAUGCCCGCGUUGUUUAGGAUUGUCCAGGACGACUGUCCUCCGAUUCCUGAGGGUGUUUCACCUAUUGUCAAGGACUUUUUAUACCACUGCUUCCAAAAGGACGUAAAUCUCCGAAUCUCAGCCAAGAAGCUACUUCGGCAUCCAUGGAUGGUGUCUGCCAGGAAGCAGAUGGGUCUUGACACUAAUGCGGACAAGAAGGGUAAGGAAGGCGAGAAAGAUAAUACACGCCGUCCUGUGAGCAAUUACAAUUAUGACGAGGCUGUACAGAAGGUACAGGAGUGGAAUGAGGCUUUAAAAUCUCCACGCUCUUCAACAAAAUUGAACGGUAGUAGGCCAUCUUCUAUGCAUGAUGUAAAUGGACGGCAUUCACCGUCGCCAUCGCCAUCACCCGUCAUGCCACCUCAUAGCCCCACUAUAACGUCUUCCUCGAGUGGAUCGCGAACAGUGACCCAGGCCGGGUGGAAAAAUGGCACCGCGGUCCCGAAACCCGUUUUUACCGCUGCAGUUAUGAGUGGUCCCUUGGGCUUGAUUGAGAAAGGAAACAGGGAUUCAUUGCCCAUGGCCUUGCAGGAACCUGAGGAACAGACGGACAACUGGGAUGAUGACUUCGAGGAAGGCAUCUCAUUGACGAAGUUGCACAACUUGGACAAGUCGGCGGCCGAAGAGGAGAAACACGAAGGUGACGAUAAUGCGCGAACCAUUCGUCCUCUCCGAAGCCCAUCGAUGUCAAACAAGCUGGCGUUGGCGGCGCCGCCACCUGCAGAUAUGACCCCUAUAGUCGAAGAUUAUUCUGAUCUUGCCGCGGAAGAAGAUGAUGUCUUUCAAGGCAAAGUUGCCGAUUUCAAGCUGAAGAACGGCUCGCGCCGCGGCCUUUUCCACCCAAACGAUAUUCAGACAAUUGGCCUCGGCCCGUCGUCUCCAGGUCCACGUACAGCUCCUCUUCUGGAGUCGCCUGCAGAGAAUACACGUCCAGCAAGAGUCAGCCCCGUGUCUCGAUCAAAUUCGUCUUCGCGACCUGGAUCACAUUCGAGAUCUUCUUCGUUCACAGGAUCUAUUGGACGGGCCAAGUCGAUUGGGAGAGCAGAAGCGAUUCAGGUUGCGCAGAGUCAGGAGUUUGAUAAGUAUGCGGAAGAGCCGGAUGAAGACUAUGAUGAUAUCUUCGGAAAAUCGAGCGGUCCAGUUUUGGAGCAGGUCACACAGUCGCUCAAGCUCAAUACACGUCUAUCUGACAAAUCAUGGCUGGGCGACGAUGAUCUGGAUGAGGAGGAUCCUUUCGCAGAAAUCGAGGAGGAAUAUGAUGAAGACGACCUUGAGGCUAACCUACAGCGAGACAAGCUUGCUCGCUUGACUGGUCUCGUCAACCAGAUGAUCGAUGAGCUCACUCCAUCCGCUCCCGACUUCCAACUUAGAGACGCAUGCGACCAGCUUAUUGGCAUCUUGCUCGAAGUACCAGAAAUGCAAGGUCAACUCGUUUCUGCGCAUGGUAUGUUAGCCAUACUCGAAGUGUUGGAGGCGAAGUCUUCAUCUCGUGAUGUAACUACGAAGCUAUUGCGGAUCAUCAAUUUGUUAGUGACUACUCACAUGGGCUUCCUGGAGAGUUUCUGUCUAAUUGGCGGCAUUCCUGUCAUGAUGGACUUUACCUCAAAGAGGUUUUCAUCGGAAUGUCGUCUUGAAGCUUCACACUUCAUUAGCCUGCUGUGCCACACGUCGGUAUUGACGCUUCAGAUGUUCAUUGCCUGCCGAGGGCUGAAAAUCCUCGUCGAUCUGCUAGAUGAAGACUUCGUUGAGCAGAGGGACCUCGUAGUACACGCUCUCGACGGAAUCGGUAACGUCUUUGAACUGCAGAGCCCGACACCAAAAAACGAUUUCUGCCGGAUGUUCAUCAAAGAGGGCUUAUUGAAUCCAUUGUCGUCGGCGCUCAUGAAUAUUAUGGCGGCCGAUCCUGAAACCUCGGCAGCGUUGAAGUCCAAGAUCAUUCAAAUUAUUUUGGUCUUUUGCCAGGUUUCGCAAUCGGACGUGCAUGUACGCAAUGCUCUCGGCACUCGGAUGGUUGUAAGACGUGUUAUGCGAGCUUGCGAGUUGCUUGAGCCGGAAUAUCUUGUGCAAAUGCUGAAGGCUGUAAAACAUCUGUCGAUGAACGCGUCCCUGUUGGAGGUCCUUCAAAAUGCAAAUGCAAUUGAGAUUUUGGUGCGGAUUCUGGAUGAGCAUAGCUCAGACCUUCACAGCACGGAAAUAUCGAAUCACAUAUUCCAGACGUGUUAUAAUCUCUGCCGUCUAAACAAGGCCAGGCAAGAAGAGGCUGCACAAGCUGGUAUAAUACCAUGCUUGAAGCGUGUUGCUCAAUCGGGUUCACCUCUAAAGCAAUUUGCCCUUCCGAUCCUUUGUGAUCUCGCAAGUGCAACGAAGAGUUGCAGGACGUUGUUGUGGCAGCAUGAUGGAUUAUCCUUGUAUUUGAACCUCUUAGGAGAUCCGUAUUUCCAGGUUAGCGCGUUGGAAGCCAUUUUAUCAUGGUUGCAGGAUGAAACCGCGAGAGUGGAAGACGUACUGAUCAAGGAAUCAUCGCUUGACGCACUCGUCAAGUGCUUUGUCGCCGCCAAAACAAAUUCGUUUGAGAAUCUUCUGGAUCCUUUCCUGAAGAUCUGUCGUCUGUCAAAGACAAUCACUCUGGGGAUUGCAAAAUCGCAGUUCUUCCAGCGUCUCAUUGACAGGCUGAAUCACAGCAAGGCCGUCGUCCGAUUGAACCUUCUACGAUUGCUAAAGGCUAUCUGCGACGUUCAUCCUAACCGAUCCGCGUUAGUCGAGAAGUAUGGGAUCUACGAGAUCGUGGAGAAACUCAGCAAGCAAGAUAACGCUGUGUUGGUUCGGGAGCUUGCGCGUGAAAUCAUGCCAUCUCUUGCACCGGUGUUGAAACCCGUUCCCAGUCGUAAUGGUCGGACUGGUGAACUUGCGCCGAAGAUUGGUAUUACGCCACGGAGGCGGCCACGACGUGCAGCGUCUGAUGUGUCGGCAACAUUGGAUUCGGCUCCACGAUUCGGGGGUAGCCUGGUUACACCCCGGACUCAAAGUGCGGGUACGAAGAAUAAUAACAGGACCUAUUCGAGGCAGAAACUCGGUGACAUUACUUGGAAUACGGAAGCACGGUAAAUGCUGGACAGGACAGCCAUUGUUAUAAAUUAAUUUGCUCUCGUUCUUUCAUUUUAUUUUCUUGUCCAAACUUCACAAAACUCGACACUCCUUUUUGGGUUUCUAUUCUAUCAGUAUUAUGUAGCACACGCUCUUUCCCUUCUAGUCGUGAUAUUUACUACGCUCGCUGUCGAUUGUUUGCAUUCAUCUCUCACAGUUAGGAUAAUUUGCACUCUAUAUUAAUUUGCACUCC